AUGAAGGCCAGCCUCCUCUUCCUCGCGGCCUCCACGGCCCUCGCUGCCCCUCUCGAGAGCGUGCCCGUCGCUCGCAGCGAGAUUGGGUCUUUCCCCAUCGCCGAGCUUGAGGCUUACUACAACGCCGCUUACUCCGUCAAGCCCGAAGAGACCGCCGCUCUUAGCCCCGCGAUUUCCAAGCGCCAGUACAACGGCGACACCUUCAACCAGCUCACCGACGGCACGGCUUGCCGCAAGGUUACUUUGAUCUGGGCCCGUGGCACCACUCAGUCCGGCAACGUUGGUGAGGCUGGCUCCGAGGGACCCGUCUUCUUCAACGCCCUUGCCGGUCUCGUCGGAACCUCCAACUUGGCUGUCCAGGGUGUCGACUACCCCGCUAGCAUUCUCGGCUUCCUCGCCGGCGGCGACGCAGCUGGCAGCACCACCAUGGCCAACUUGGUUGCUCGCGCUGUGACCCAGUGUCCCAGCACCAAGAUCGUCAUGUCCGGCUACAGCCAGGGUGGCCAGCUCGUCCACAACGCUGCGUCCAAGCUCACCGCGGCCCAGACCGCCCGUGUCUCUGCCGAUCCGCUUGCUGACAGCUUGUACUAUGUAGUCCUCAUCUUCGGCGACCCGUUCGAUGGCCAGCCGGUUGGCAGCAUCCCUGCCUCCAAGGUCAAGGUUAUUUGCCAUGACGGCGACAACAUCUGCGACGGCGGUAUCAUCAUCACUGCCGACCACAGGAACUACGAGCAGGAUGCCCCGGCCGCGGCUGCAUUCGUUGCUGGCCUCGUUGCGUAA